AGUGAGGAAGAUCACUCACUCACACUCUCUCUAUCUCUCUCUCUCUCACACACACACACACACACACACACACAUACACUAUGUAGUUUGUUUGUGUGUCCUUUGAAGUAAAACACUAUCCCUAUAACCGUAACCCAACAUCUCUCUGCACACAGUUCUUGCUUCUCAACUACUCAAUAAAAUCCACAACCCCCUCUCUUUCUCACUACCUCUCUCUCUUGCACCAUCCACACACACACACACAACACACACUAGAUCAUAAUAAACAAAUUCACACACACACACACACACACACACAAUUCUUGCAAUUAGUGUUUGAAUAUGGAAGAAAAACACCUCUUCCAUGUAUUGGCUGUGGAUGAUAACCAUAUUGAUAGAAAGCUCUUGGAGAGGCUCCUCAACCUUUCUUCUUACCAAGUUACUUGCGUGGACUCGGGAGAUAAGGCACUGGAAUAUCUGGGGUUGGUAGAUAUUCAUGAAGAAAAUGAAUAUGAUACGUCAUCGCCAUUGUCGUCUCCCUCGUCCACGACAAUUUCUUGUGAAUCUUUAUCGUCCAAAUCAGAGGUAUCAAAAGUUAACCUGAUCAUGACAGAUUACAGCAUGCCUGGUAUCAGUGGCUAUGAUUUGCUCAAACGAAUUAAGGGCUCUUCUUGGAAAGAUGUUCCAGUUGUGGUCAUGUCAUCUGAGAAUGUACCUUCAAGGAUCAAUAUGUGUUUAGAAGGAGGAGCAGAAGAGUUCUUAUUGAAACCUGUGAAAUUAUCAGAUGUGAGAAAAAUCCAUUCCCAUCUUAUUAAUUCAACCAAUAAUCCCUGCGACGACGAAAGCGGUAUUUCCGAAAUUGAAAGCGCUAAGAGAGAAGACAGUGAAAUUGACAAGAACUGCAGCAAUGCUAACAAGAGGAAAGCAACCUUGGCAACAUCGCCGGAUCUCUCCGAGAGAAGGCCACGUGUCCAAGAACUGCCCGUUGCGUAGACUAUUAUUCUACACGCACUAAUGUGGAUAUACGUGUGUUUGUACGAACGGUGAUACCUAUAUACAAUGGGAUUGUACCGAUUUUUUCUUUUCUUUUUUAUUUUGAGAUACUCCACUUAUGCAAUGCAAGUUGAAAUGAAUGACUGCAACUCAGAUUAAUUGGCAUUUAA